CUGUCGGGCUAACAAGUAUAUGGACGUAGGAAAAAACUGUUGUAUGUUACAUCAAAAAACUGGAAUGCUUUAAAAUUGCGAAACCAAGAAUUGUGUAUACCUGGAUGUCUCAAUUUAAACGAUCUGUAUUAAUUUUGUGCGAGUAAAUAACUUAGAAAGUGAGUUAUUGCAGGAUAAAUAGUGCCAUGUUGUGGAGUCUGAGGCUAUUUUUUUAAUUGCCUGAGCAUAGUUUAAAAGUCGCAAGUGAAAUAUAUCAGUUCCGUGUGAAUUUCGAUUUCAUUUUAGAGGCAACCCGGUCGAAAAAAUUCGUUUGACCUUAGAAAGGGACAUUUAUAUUCAAGUUGACAUAUAACUAAUACUAAUAGUAUAUUUGUAUUGAAAUGGCGAAUAAUUCUCCCGUUUGUGAAGUGUGCAUCGGUGAUUUUGAUUCAGAGGACCACAAGCCUCUGAUGUUGCCUUGUGGACAUGCCUUCUGCUACGAGUGUGUGGACACCUUGGCAGAGAACCAAAACAAUAGUUGUCCGUCUUGCAGAAGAAACUUUUCUGGGGACAUAGGCGACCUUCCGGUUUGUUAUACGCUCAUACCAAAAACAAGCAUGAAAACAGAAGCUAUUUCAAAUGAGGCCAAAUGUCAUGAACAUGAAUUUCAAUUUCUGUAUUGGUGCAAAACUUGCAAGCAGGUUGCCUGCAAGCAAUGCGCUCUAGGAAUGCACAAUGGCCACAAUCUCUUACUGAAGGAAGAAGCUGUGAAAUUGGACUCUCAAUUUUUCCCGUCAAGAGAUUUUCUGAUUAAUAAGUUGACAACACAGAAGUCUCUUGUAGCGAGCUUGACAUCGGCAUGUGACGCUAACCUUUCUGAUUUAACGGAACUUAUAGCACGCAUCGAAAAUCAAAGGGAUUAUCUCAAUUCGAAAAAAAUUCAGAUCGAACAAGAUUUAGAUAUUCUACAAAAGAAGACAUCAACUAGAAGCCCAAAGACCGUUGAAGAAAAAAAUUGGACACAUUUAAUGAUAACAUCGAGAACCUGCAAGCCAAUCGACGAGCAGGAACAUCUCAUCGUCGUGAAGAAUGUCGUGCAACGCAACGUGCUCAACAUAUUGCGGAACAUUGACGUUACUGGCCUGAAGUCCCUUCAAGUAGAACAACAGCUCAUGAUGAAUGACAAAGAAUGGAACAUCGCAAAUGAAGAAGACUCGCAUCGAGCACUACUAACUCUCUGGACCACAAGCAACAAACCCUCUAACGUUGUUGUGAGAGAUGCCCCGCGUGAACCGAUUUCUUCUAUGCCCGCUCUAUUGGCGUGCGUGGCUCAAGUUUGUGACAAAAUUGAUCUGCAGCUGCGAGGAUCGUUCUGGCAGACUUACUACGAACAGCCCCAACUGAAUGACGACCUGCUUCGACCUUUCAUUCGUAGUAAGGAAAGGAACAAAUUGCAGACGUUCUAUGGCAGGAUAUCACAGGACAUGGUGCUCAAGCUCGCGUCCAGGAAAAUGUUCUGCCUUGGACUGAGGAUCGAUCACGCCACGGACAUGUCGAUCGUCAAUGCAGUAGUGGACUCCCAGUGCCAUUCGUUUCAUAUCGCCGUGAGCGAGCAAGUGGGGCGCCAAGGGCUGGACGCCAUCUCGCCGCAGCUGCUCGCCAAAUGCUGUGUAUUCCUGCACUUCGUCCAGCUCAACGACGGCGAUGUGCCGUGGCUGAUGCACGUCGUUGAUUCUCUUGUACCUCGUUCGCUGUCCAAGUCACAAGACAAGUCACGCAGAAUUGCAGGGCUGUAUCUCGUCGACUGCCAGUUCACUGCUUUGGAAGCUCUCCGUGUCAUUUCCUGGGUCGACGACAACCGCCUGACGUCCAAUGUUUGGUAUCAGACGGCCGAUUGUGAUGACUUCACCAAGAAACUCCUACAAGACAAAGCUGCUGGCGCGAAAAUUGAACUGUCGUGGAACGCAAUUCUUCCUCGCGCACCUAGAAUAUUGCGUUGAAAAUAAAAUGGUGUUACCCGAUAAGCUAUACUGCUAUAGGAAUGUAUACAUCUUAUUCCAUUAUUCAUUCCCCUCUACAUAUGUAGGUGCUACAAAUUCAUAUGUAACAAAUUCAAAAAAAUUUGAUUUAAUUUGUAAAAAUAGAGAAAUAGCCAUUUUCUUGCAUUCCAAUGUUUUGGUUUCAAAAAUAAAAAUGUCUCACUCGCUGUUUGAGCUCAUUACGAACAGUUUGAGCAGCAUUACGAACAGCAGUUUGAGCUCAUUAAUUUACUUUUUACCCACCAGACAAGUGAUGUUAAAGCAACAUUGAAUCGACGUUUAUUCAUUUAAACAACGUUCAAUUCAACAUUGAUUCUACUUGAAAUGUCUGGUGGGUAGGGAAAUAAUUGAGACACUUUGGCAUACCUACAAACCGAUUAUUCCAUACAAAAUUUUCAGGUAUUCAAGACGUACGGACGACAUACGUAUGCUUGUAAAGAAUCAUUGAGCCAAAGCAUAUUUCAUCUAUUGAUUCAACCAUGAGUCAUUCAACUUAAUUUGAUAAAGGGUUGGGUUCCCAGAAAUUUCUUGUUUUGUCCUGUAAGGGGACGUAUGU